AUGGCCAUACCCAGGGGAUAUCCUCCCUCCUCUCCUUGGCCUCCUCUCUUCCUCCUACUCCUCUUCCUCAUGCUCCUCAUCUCCUCCCCGCUGCCCCUGCAUGCCCGGCCGCUCCUCAUUCACCCGUCCAUCAAUGUUGCAGUGGUGUUCAGCGGCUCCAGCUACCAGAAUGAGGUCAGAGGUCGUCUCAGUGGGGAAAACUUUGUCGACCUGCCCGUGGUGGUCAGCCCUGUGACUGUGCUGGUUAAUGACACCAACCCCCGGGACCUGCUGACACGCCUCUGCGAUACCAUGGCAACAGAGAGGCUCCAUGGCGUGGUGUUUGAGGAUGAUGUGGGCAUGGGUGCCGGCGCUCAGGUUGCAGAAGUGGCACAGAUCCUGGACUUCCUCUCCACUCAGACAGCUCUGCCAAUCGUGGGCAUCAGUGGCGGCUCUGCAGUUGUCAUACCGUACAAGACCGAGGGAUCGUCCUUCCUGCAGAUGGGAGCCUCUCUCGAGCAGCAGAUCGUCUGCAUGUUCAAGCUCAUGGAGGAAUAUGACUGGGGCGAGUUUGCGGUCAUCACCAGCUUGCUGCCGGGCUACGACACUUUUGUGGAUAUAGUUCGGUCCUACACAGACACCUCCUACUUCUUGUGGAAUUUACAGGACAUCGUUUCAAUGGAAAUGUCUGUUGGGGCUAGCGAGGUGAAGACCAAGCGCAUACUGGAGCAGUUGGACUCCCGGGUCCUGCUGGCGUACUGCUCCUAUGAGGAGGCGCAGUUCUUGUUUCAGCAGGCGGCUGAGGUGGGUCUGCUGGGGCCAGGCUACAUCUGGAUUCUUCCCAGCCUGGCCGUGGGCAACCCCGACAGCCCUCCACCUGACAGCUUCCCUGUUGGUGUGAUCGGUGUGAUUACAGACCAGUGGAGGAAGAGCUUGCGGCAGAGGGUGAGGGAGGGCGUUGCCAUUGUUGCCAAAGGGGCUGAGAGCUUCAAGAAGCUGCAUGGUUUUAUUCCUGAGGGACACGGUGACUGCAACAAGCCGGCUAAACUCUCAGACAACAACACUCUGUUCAGGCAAAUGCUGAAUGUGACAUGGGAAAGGAGGGACCUGUCGUUCAACAACCAAGGCUUCCUGUCCAACCCUUCCAUGGUCAUCAUUGCUCUGGACCGAGAAAGACUCUGGGACAAGGUGGGUACGUAUGCUCGGGGGAUCCUCCAGGUUCGCUACCCUGUCUGGCCUCGUUAUGGCAACUUCCUGGAACAAGUGUCUGAUGACCGCCACCUGACUGUGGCCACGCUGGAGGAGCGUCCCUUUGUGAUUGUGGAGAACGUGGACCCAGGCACCGGCACAUGUGUGCGCAACACGGUACCCUGCAGGCGCCAGUCAAACCGCACUGAGAGUAUCAUCGGUCACUCUGAGUCGUACACCAAACUGUGCUGUAAGGGCUUCUGCAUAGACAUCCUGAAGAAGCUGUCCCGCACCAUCAAGUUCUCCUAUGACCUCUACUUGGUCACCAACGGAAAACACGGCAAGCUGGUCCGUGGGACUUGGAACGGCAUGAUCGGGGAGGUUGUGUAUAGGCGAGCUGACAUGGCCAUCGGUUCUUUAACUAUCAACGAGGAGCGUUCGGAAAUCAUUGACUUCUCAGUGCCGUUUGUUGAGACAGGCAUCAGCGUAAUGGUGGCCCGCAGCAACGGGACAGUUUCCCCAUCUGCCUUUCUCGAGCCCUACAGCCCAGCAGUAUGGGUCAUGAUGUUUGUGAUGUGCCUGACUGUGGUGGCGGUGACAGUUUUUGUGUUUGAAUACUUCAGUCCAGUUGGCUACAACCGUAGUCUGGUGAGCGCUAAAGCUCCUGGCGGUCCAACUUUCACCAUCGGGAAGUCUGUGUGGUUGCUGUGGGGCAUCGUCUUCAACAACUCAGUCCCCAUUGAAAACCCUAAGGGGACAACCAGUAAGAUCAUGGUCCUGGUCUGGGCCUUCUUUGCUGUCAUCUUCCUGGCCUCUUACACUGCCAACCUGGCCGCCUUCAUGAUCCAGGAACAAUAUAUCGACACCGUUUCAGGGCUCUCUGACAAGAAGUUCCAGAAACCACAUGAGCAUUACCCUCCUUUCCGCUUCGGGACGGUCCCAAACGGGAGCACAGAGAGGAACAUCCGCAGCAACUACCCCGACAUGCACACACACAUGACGAAAUACAACCAGAAAGGGGUGGAGGAAGCCCUAGAAAGCCUCAAAACCGGGAAACUGGACGCCUUCAUCUAUGACGCUGCUGUUUUGAACUACAUGGCUGGGAAGGACGAAGGCUGCAAUCUGGUGACCAUCGGCAGCGGGAAAGUGUUCGCCACCACCGGGUACGGCAUCGCUCUGCAGAAGGACUCCCGCUGGAAACGGCUUAUUGACCUGGCGCUGCUGCAGUUCCUCGGAGAUGGAGACACCCAGCGCUUGGAGACAGUGUGGUUGUCGGGCAUCUGCCAGAACGAGAAGAACGAGGUGAUGAGCAGUAAGCUGGACAUCGACAACAUGGCGGGCGUGUUCUACAUGCUGCUGGUGGCCAUGGGCCUCAGCCUGCUGGUGUUUGCUUGGGAACACCUACUCUACUGGAAACUACGCCACUCUGUCCACAAGUCUGAUAAACUUGACUUUCUGUUGGCCAUUAGCAGGGGUAUUUACAGUUGUUUCAAUGGAAUGGAGGAUCCUGGACGUUCGUCCGGCUUGGCCAAACCUGAUCUAACCUCAAACUACGCUCAAGCAAACAUGUUGAAGAUGCUUCGCACAGCCAAAGACCUGGUUUCCACUGCCAAUGUAGAGUGCUCUCUGGACAACGCCACCAAGACCAUCGAAAAUUUGAGUCGGCAUGGCGGCAGCUUGCCUGUCCGUGUUCCUCAACUUGCGACUGAGACCGUACCUGGAGGAUUUGCUUAUGUCAUGGAGAAUCACUCCUCCCUCCCCCAGCGCUCCCUCACCCCACCUAUCGCUGCUGUUACCUCUUUGACACAGCAGAGGGGUGUGACCAGGCCCACACCACUGCGCUACACCCUCCCAACUCGCUCUUCUUCCUGUCUGUAUGACCGGCCACUUCCUGUGUCCAGCCUCAGCACCCCACACCUGGCAGUUGGUGAGCCGCUCCCACAUCAGCACCAGCACCACUACCAGACCACUGGGAGACUCUAUGUAGAUACUCAUCCUCACUCACCGUUCAUCCCUUACACGGACCUCCAACUACCUGACAUCUACGCCUCUCACCCAGUCUGCUCGCCCCAAAAUCAGCACAUCCAAACAGGCUUUUCUCGACGGAAAAGGAGGUCCAAGAGUUUCCAGUGUGAGGACGGCGAUGUGGAGAGGAGAAAACACAUGGAUGACAAAACUACCAUCUGUCUGAGUGAGCUCAAAGCAAACCACCUCCAAGAAAACCACAUCUCUGCCCCCAGUGAUGAAAGCAUCUACCCAGGGGAGCUGAUGUGUCCUCGUGUAGAGAACUACAGCUCCUGGCCCCCAGAGGACCUAAUGGUGAGAGGAAGACGCAGGCACCGCCGCCCCUCUUUCCUUAAAGCCACUUGGGGCAAUGAGCAGGUCCGCCAGCUCGACGAAUCCCAGUCAUCCCUUUCCAGCCAAUCACCUUCAACCCUUCCGGACCUGUUCCCAUGCAAUAUUACACCGGCUACAUCUUCAAAGGCCUACAACCCUGCCCACCUCCGAAACAACCUGUGCCUCCCACGGAACCAGGCCUACCUCCACAUACGAGAGGACCAGAGGAGGCCCAAUGGGCGUAAAGGCCAGAGGCUGCGGUACUCCCACUCCACCCACCUCCCCACGUAUGGAGAAGCAGUGGGACAUGGGGUUGGGUUAGGGCAAGGGAUGGUACGGAGAGCCACCAGCUUACUGAGCAGACAGUACGCCCACUACCUGAACUCCUACCCUGGACUACCCCUCUACCAUGGCCCCCUGGACCUGCAGAACCACAACCAGGCUUCCAGCGGCCACCCGAGCCCCAGCCCAGUGUGCCAGCUGCUGGCUUGUGGUGGUGGACGAUGUGGGGGCCAACGGGCCCUGCUAUACCAGGACAGUGUGUAUGGGGCCUAUGGGGUCUAUCAUGGGUCCCAGACUGGAUUAGAGGCCCAGGCAGGUCAGGGUUUAGUAGCCCAGCCUGCAGGAAGCCCUUGUGUGCUUCGUCCCUGGAGACGGGUGUCGAGUCUGCAGUCUGAGGUGUGA